AUGCCAGCUUUGUUAAAAAGACUUUUAUUUCAAGUAGGCCCUCAACCAAAUGAAAGAACAUUUACCCUAUCAUCUGUUUCUGAUGAGGGACACUACAUUUCUUUGAGGCCUUUUGUCAAGCCAAGUGGUUCUAGUGAGUCAGCUUUCCCAUUUGAAUGGGUCUUUGCCGGUACGAAUAAAUCCGUCAAAGUUAGUGACUUGGGUAACGGUGUUGUUACCCAAGAUUUCAACUUCUGGUUGGAUACAAAUGUGUAUUUGAAUGUUCCAAAUACCCACCGUGGUGAAGUGAAUACCACUUGGAAGGACUGGGAUUCUGGUUGUAUCGAAGAAACUGGUGCUGUUUACCCAUUUGGUCCCGAGAAGGAAAGCGUGUCUUUCAGGGAAUUGUGGCAACCAGUUGACCCAUCAAGAGAGGAUCUAGUCAUCGUCUCACCUAACGGCGAAAAAUUUACAUCGAAUGCUAAGUCAAUCGUGCUUAAAGUCACUGAUGAGGCCUACGAUGGUUUAGUUAUUAUUGUUGGUAGAUGGGUCCAAGGGUUCUUGUCCAAGAAAGACCAAGGUACUACCGAAGGUUUGAACUUCGUGAGAUUACUGGAAAGGGAUUCCGGUAAAUUUGAGUCCUUGUUAAGCUUCGGUAAGGAAGUCAAGAAAAUUCCACAAAGCUACGAAAAUUUAAAGAAUGGCUCCACUGUAACCAUCGAAGGGUUAAACUGGGAAGUCAUUGAGCAUCACACUUGA